UCCUAUGCAGAAUCUGAUCCCAGGACCUGAGCCAAAGGCAGAUGCUUAACCGACUGAGCCACCCAGCACCCAGGACACCAGUUUUACAACAAGGGAAAACAUCAAAACCCAGGCACCUGAUGAGGUGUGAGGGUCGGGAGCCCUGUCUUUUUCCAAGUCAACGUGAAGCCCGGGACCCGCUAGGAUCUCCGGCACAGGUGGCCGGAAAAGCAGGUAGGUAUGUACCAGCUUGCCCAAAGGCUUCAUCAUCCGCGCCCCAUCUCCCCCGGGAGCCCCAUCCUGAGGCCCUUCCUCCCGUAGCUCCCUCUCCGCGGUGCGUCCUCCUCCCACCCCACCGCCCCUUCCUUCCCGCGCUCGCUCCCCUCCUUGCGCCUGCCAGCUCUGCAGUGCGCCCCCUCCUCCCCGCCCUUCCUGCGCUUUCCUCCCCGCGCUCUCUCUCUCUUGGCAGGGCGGCCCCCUCCCACCCUGCAGCGCCUUCCUUGCGGUCUGCCCCUUCCCACCAGCGCGCGCCUCCCCGCCGUGCACCGGGAGCUGCUGUGAGAGAUGCCGGCGAGCAAGGAGGUCCCCCAGCGCCGCAAUAUUAGCAGCUCUGCGUACACGGAUCUCUUGCACAACGCCUGGGAUCGGGGCGCUGCAGGCGCGGCCCGGAAGGACCAAGUCCAGAGCCUGGCCAUGGUCCCCGCUGGGGUCAGGUUGGGGGGAGGGCGGGGCUGGAUAGGUAAUUUAGUGCGCGGUGCGCUCUUGCCCAAAGGUGGAGGCCCCAGGGGGGCGGGGCCUGAGACCCUAUAUCUCUCCCAGCGCCCCAGUCCUGCCACCGUUGCUAUCCUGGAUUUUUGUCCGUGCCAUCCUGCUGCCACCGCGAUGGGCCUGGAGCUCUACCUGGACCUGCUGUCCCAACCCUGCCGUGCCGUCUACAUUUUCGCCAAGAAGAACGGCAUCCCCUUCAAGCUGUGUACCACGGAGAUACUCAAAGGGCAGCUCCAGACCAAGGAGUUCUUCCAGAUUAAUAUCCUGCGGAAGAUACCCGUCCUCAAAGAUGGUGACUUCAUCUUGACUGAAAGCUCCGCCAUCUUGAUUUACCUGAGCUCUAAGUACCAGACGGCAGACCACUGGUACCCCUCCGACCUUCAGGCCCGCGCUCGCGUCCACGAGUAUCUGGGCUGGCACGCUGACUGCAUCCGUGGCACCUUCGGUGUGCCCUUGUGGACCCAGGUGAUAGGACCACUCACUGGGGCCCACGUGCCGGAGGAGAAGGUGGAACGGAACAAGACGGCCAUGGACCGGGCGCUGCAGCAGCUGGAGGACAAGUUCUUGGAGGACAAGGCCUUCCUCAUUGGCCAGCAGAUGUCGCUGGCUGACCUUAUGGCCUUCGAGGAGCUGAUGCAGCCUGUGGCUGUUGGCUAUGACCUCUUUGAGGGAAGGCCGAAACUGGCAGCAUGGCGUGACCGAGUGGAGGCUUUCCUGGGUUCUGAUCUGUUCCAAGAGACCCAUGGUCCAAUCCUGAACAUCCUGGAGCAGGUGGUCAACAAAAAAUUCCCGAAGCCUUCCCCAGAAGUCUAUCCGAUUAUUCUGCUUCGUAUUUCCAGGAUUCCCUGAGGAGUCUGGAAUGGGGAACUGAUGGUUGGAGGCCAGGAGAUUAGGCAUAAAGAGUCAUUCUUAGUUUCUUACUUGUCCUUUUUCAUCCCUCUGUCUUACCUCAGUCUCUUGUUUCUGACUCCUGGAAGAACUCUACCACAGGUAGGAUGCCUGAUGUCCUGGGCAGUGCUGCUUCUCAGGUAUAGCACAUAUAAUCAACAGAAGACUAAAAUCCACCAUAUAGAAAGAGCUCUAGAAAUCCAAUAGCAUGAGGAAGAACAAAUCAACUUAAAAUCAGCAAAUGUCAUUGGUCUUUUAAGUAUAAUGAAGACUUGGGGAGACACCUGAGUGGCUCACUCAAUUAAGUGUCUGCCUUUGGCUCAGGUCAUGAUCCCAGGGUCCUACAAUCGAGUC